AUGUUGAGACUUGUAGAUGCAUUGAAUCAAGAUACGCUAGAAGUGCCUCCUCAUUUAAAGAGGCUGGAAAAAGAACUGAAACGGGAGUGGGAUACAAACAAGAAGAGAGCGAAGGAAACUUCUUGCAAGCCGGCAAAAAGCAAGGCUAAUACUGCUUCUGAAGAUGCGAUCGACCAAAAUGACCUUGCUACUAUCCUGGUCGCUGCAAGGGCUGCAGGACCUAGUCUGAACGUCAACGUCAACCUAGGCAUCGUGGAGGAUAGAAACGGUCAACUCCCUUUGCAACGAAUUAAGGCUGAAGAAAAGCAGAGGGAGAUAGAGAUCCCCAGAGAGAAACGAGUACAUAAAAACUAUGGAGAGAUAAGCAAAAGAAGACUUGACGUAUUGCUCCCUUCUCUAGCCUCACUUAACCGUCUGCUCACACUUCGCACUGAAACUAGAUUCCUCAAACGCGACGGAUAACGCUCGGUCUUCUUAACGGAUCGUACAAGAUUGACUCGCAAGAAGUUAACGCUCGCAAUUCAGGAAUCAUCCUCUGUCUGGACAGGACGAGCAUCUGGGGUGAAUUUCAAAUUGGUGAACUGGAAGGCAUUCUCUUAUGCCACAGCGUCCGUACCAAGUGACAUCUUCAGGCGAAGGUGGAUGCUUCUUCAAAUGGCGCGGUGUUGAUCAGGUCAGCGGCGAGGUUUAUGCGAAUCCCAGCUGUACUGGCGAGAUGAGGUUUCUUGGAAAUGGAGAGAUUGAGGGGGCAUUCAACAACGUGCCUGACACAUAUACGGACUACAUUGACUGUCACUUCUGGGGCGAUCGCACGUCCGACAAGAAUGUGACUCGAGCCCCUCGGGAUGCUUGGAG